AUGCCUCACAGCUUGAUGUACAAUGCAGAUAACAUCGAAAAGGCAUAUUUUUUAUGUCCUGGAAUUUUAUUUACUCUUUUGAAAGACAUGCAGCAGAAUGUAUCACAUUUUAAACGUUCUUUGUAUGCGAUUAUUAAAAUGCAAUUUACAAAAACAUCAUUAAGAUACUCGAGGCAUUAA